AAUUAAUUUAUUUUAUUUUUAUUUAUGUAUUAAAAUGUGUUUGAAUAUCUAAAAUUUAAAUAUUAUUUUUGUUUUUAAGGUUCUAAAAGAAGCAUUAGAAUGGCUGAACAACUGGGAGACAAAUUUAAAAAAAAAUAUAAUUAAGGAUGAUGAAUUUUUGACAAAGCAGACUGCAGAUGGACUCAGAAUAACCAUAAAAUCAACGUUAGACUUAAUUUAUUACCUACUUAAUGAAUGCAAUUUUUCAUAUGUUUUAACAUAUAAAAUGAAUCAAGACUGUUUAGAGAAAUUUUUUGGGAUUAUAAGACAAGUUGCAGGACCAAAUGAUCACCCAUCAACUCCAACAUACCUACAAUUAUAUAGGAUAUUAUCUGUGUAUUCAUUGAUAAAACCUCCAAAAACGGGAAAUUGUACCAUCUUAGAAGAAAACAUACCUGUCAUCACAAUAAACGAUAUAAGACAAAUAACUAAUCAAGAAAACAAAAAUUCAAUAAGACAAGAAAAAGUAUUAAAACUAAAAAAUAAAAUUGAUACAAUAAUAGAAGAAGGAGUGUGGGACUUUGACGAUAUUUUCCAAGAACACAACUAUUUUAACAGGAACUCUACUGUUUUUGAUUGUGUGGUGUACUUUUUAUCUGGUUAUAUAAACAAAAAAUUAAACUCAAAUAUCAAGUGUAAACAAUGUUUGGAUAGUUUAAAACCUGAAUAUGGACAAGUUAUAAUACCAGAGGCAGAAUUAGUAAAUUUGAAAACAAGGGGCUUCUUAACUCAUCCAAAUAAAAAUCUAUACUUGAUUAUACAAAUGAUUGAAGUAUGUUUUGAAAAACAUGCAGAAUCACCAAAUGUUUUUGAGGAAACUUGUGAAGACUUUUUUAGUAGAAAUUUUAAAUUAACUUUUCCUUGUGGAGAUCAUAAAAGUGAAAUAAUCACCAACAUUUUUGUUCUUUACAUUACUAUGAGGAUGAGGCAGUUCAGUUACGCUAAAAACCAACAAACGAAAAAACAAAACAAGGUCAAAAAAAAGCUAUCAAAAUUAGUAUCAACUUAGAAAUAUCAAAUAUUUAAUAUAAAGUCAAAUAUUUUACAUGUACCUAUUAUUAAUUUUACUUAUUGUGCUGUCAAACACAGAUUGUAAAUAUUCUUAAAUAAAUAAUAAAAAAAAAACUAUUUAAUA